CCGCUGAAUAUAGAACGUAAUUAGGCGUUCACGUGGUAAGGUACGCCACAUUUCGGAUCUCAGUACUGUAACUCAGUACUCUGUGCUUACUUUCAUUCCAAACUACGACAACGACGAGGACCAACUGAUAUUAUCACCACGAUGCCUAACACCCUAAGCUCUUUAUCGCGUGUAACAAGUACGACGUACAGGGUCUCGCCAGUACAACGACCGCGACUGUGGCCCUGCCGGCGACACAUUUCUACAUCAUCUUCGACUCGCUCAACAGUCGUUGUACCCAACACGACUUCUACGGUAUCCGCGCUAGAACCACCUCCAGCAGGCGGUCAUAUGCCAUCUAUCGCCUCGUCAGCAUUGCUUAAGCAUACAAGGGAGCAGGCACUGAAGAUGCCAGAAAUUGUGUGGGCAGAUGCAGAGUUGGACGAAGCUCGAGGAACCUCCUCCUUAUCAUCUACUACCGGCCGAGAAACGCGCAAAAUGAACACUUACCAAGCUAUCCGCGACGCGUUGUCUAUCGCGCUAUCAACCGAUGAUUCAGCUAUAGUCUUUGGUGAAGACGUCGCAUUUGGUGGUGUAUUUCGAUGCACUCUUGGCCUUGCAGAAGAAUACGGUCGCGAAAGAGUAUUCAAUACGCCAUUAACGGAGCAAGGCGUGGUCGGCUUUGGAAUAGGGUAUGCCUCUAUGGGGUCUAAACUUGGCAAUUCAACGCUUGGAGGCAGGGGAAUGGGUGGGACGGCAAUCGCAGAGGUACAGUUUGCGGAUUAUAUCUGGCCGGCGUUCGAUCAGCUACUCAACGAAGCAUCGAAAUUCCGAUACCGUUCUGGUGGUCAAUUCAAUGUUGGUGGGCUCACGGUAAGAUGUCCGACGAUGGCUGUCGGUCAUGGAGGGUUGUAUCAUAGUCAAAGUCCCGAGGGAUUCUUCAUGGGUGCAGGAGGUCUCAAGGUUGUGAUACCCCGCUCGCCGCUCCAAGCCAAAGGCCUCCUUCUCUCCUCCAUCCGAGAUCAAAACCCAGUCGUCUUUAUGGAACCGAAGGUCUUGUAUCGAAGUGCUGUUGAACAAGUCCCUACAUCAGACUACAUCCUUCCCCUAGGUCGCGCAGAAAUUUUAACUACUGGCUCAGAUUUGACGGUUGUGACAUAUGGGACAUCAGUGUAUCGGUGCGAACAGGCGAUACACCUCUUAACACACCCUCCCGAAGGUACUGGGAUAGAAAGAACCGUGAGAGAUGCAUUGGGUGAUUGGAGGCGGAGUCGAAAGGGGCAGAAUCCCUCCUCAAGUACACCUACAAUCGAACUUAUUGACCUACGCACAAUCCUUCCUUACGACCUCCCACUCGUUCUUCGCUCACUCUCUAAAACGCACCGGCUGUUGAUCAUGCACGAAGGACCAACGACGGGUGGGGUCGGUAUGCAGAUUGCUGGCGAUGUAAUGUCAGGUUUUAACACGACCUCAACCACUAACGAAUCCGAAGAGGACGUUGGAAGAAUGCGCAGGGAGGCAUUUCUAGGAUUGGAGGCUCCGGUUAAAGUCAUAGGGGGUUGGGAUACUCCGGGUGUGGCGUUACAGUAUGAGAAGUUUUAUAUUCCCGACGAGGUGCGGAUACUUGAUGGAUUGUUGGAAGUAUUGGCAUACUAGGUUACCGAGAUCCAAGCUAAGUAAUUUGAGUAAAGUUAUCACUGGUGUGCGUUUUGUUUUGAUAACCACGUCUGUAAUUUGUCUGUAAUUGUAUGUAGCUUAUAUAAGGGUGGGUGUCAGAAGUUGACCUAAAUGUCGACUUGAAACCACAUACACUGC